AUGCCCUCCAUUUUCGCCUGGCUUCGGCGGGUCUACUCGUUAGACACCCUUGACACUCGUUUUACCUCCUCCGCAACCCCUGCCCACACCAACACACGACUUUCCAAAGAUACCCGCAACGCAAUCGUCCAGGGCGCGUCACCUUCACUUUGGCGCACACCAGAAUUCUUUGUUUACUACUUGUUCUUUAUUAUCCUUGUUCCAUUGAUGUUCAAAACUGUCAUCGAUGUCUCAAAAGAAAGCCACCCAACCUACUCCACAUACUCUCACCUUCUAUCACCCGGUUGGAUUCCUGGCCGUAAAGUGGACAACUCCGAUGCCCAAUAUGAAAGCUUUCGCGACAAUAUCCCUUCCCUUCUACUACUCCUAAUCGCCCAUCCUUUGGCUCGCCGCGUUUAUCAGUCGUACAAGAACCGCUCGAAUGUCGACACAAAACAAUCGAGCCAUUCUGUGAUUGGUGCGGGGGAGGCGCAACUUGAACAGCGAAUGCGCUUCGACUUUUGGUUCGGAUUAAUCUUCAUAAUAGGGCUUCAUGGGGUAUCCGCCUUCAAAGUGUUGUUAAUCCUGUAUAUCAACUUCCGAAUCGGCAAGGAUGUUCCUCGCGCCUACGUCCCUACCGCCACAUGGAUCUUCAACCUCGGCAUUUUGUUUGCCAACGAACUAAGCGGUGGUUACUCCCUUGAGCGGAUAGCGAAGGUGUUCGCUCCAGGGUCCGGAACCUCAGAAGAUGGCGACACCGCGCUAGUUCAAUGGGGUCAGACUCUAGAUGAUCUCGGGGGAUUGAUACCGCGAUGGGAGGUCCUUUUCAAGGUCACGGUGUUGCGCCUCAUCAGUUUCAACAUGGAUCACCACUGGAGUGUAGACUACCCUGCCGCAAGUCCAAUUGAAGUAAGUCUUCCCGAAAAUGGUCGAUGGGCCACCAAUCCUUAUAUGACAAUCAAACUUACCGAGUUCUACAAGAAGAAGCAACUAGACCCUGCGACCCUCUCUGAUCGUGACCGGGUCAAGAUUCCCGCAGAACCAACCGCUUUCACAUUCCGCAACUACAUCGCCUAUAUGCUCUAUUCGCCUUUGUAUCUGGCCGGUCCGAUCUUGACAUUCAACGACUACGUAUCUCAACAACGAUACACAUCGGCGUCCCUCACUCGAUCUCGCAUCAUGCUGUACGCCGUCCGAUUUGGCCUCACUUUGCUCGUCAUGGAGCUUAUCCUCCAUUAUAUUUAUGCGGUAGCAAUUUCCAAAGCUGACCCCGACUGGUCCGUCUUUACUCCGGGGCAACUUAGUAUGCUCGCCUUCUUCAACCUGCACAUAAUCUGGCUGAAACUCCUCAUCCCCUGGCGAUUCUUCCGUCUCUGGGCCCUCCUAGAUGGGAUUGAUCCACCAGAGAACAUGGUCCGCUGCAUGUCUAACAACUACUCCGUCUUGGCCUUUUGGCGUGGCUGGCACCGCUCCUACAACCGCUGGAUCGUCCGUUACAUCUAUAUCCCACUGGGCGGUGGUGGCGGCGGACGGCGGGCACCAGGAGCACCCAAACCAGCUUCACCUUCUCAGUCUAAGUUCAUGGGCAAGUUCCUGCAAAUUCGCAAUUUCCUGCUGGUUUUCACCUUCGUCGCCUUAUGGCACGAUAUUAAUCUCCGCCUGCUCAUGUGGGGUUGGCUUGUUACUCUCUUCGUUCUACCAGAAGUUUUGGGCGGUAUGCUCUUCCCGGCCCACCGCUGGCGCUCCCAUCCCACUGCGUACCGUGUCAUCUGUGGCAUUGGCUCCGUUGGGAACGUCCUUAUGUUGAUAAUCGCAAACUUGGUCGGCUUUGCGUUGGGUGUAGAUGGAUUAAAGGAUCUGCUGGUCAGCCUCACGGGUUCGUACUCUGGCCUGGCGUACAUGGUUUCCUGCUGCGUCGUACUUUUCGUCGGCGUGCAGGUUAUGUUUGAGGUUCGCGAAGACGAACUCCGCGCGGGCAUCAACUUGAAAUGUUGA